GUCCGCGCUUGCGAGAGGCCGCGGAGCCGGCGCUGCUGCCGGAUCCUGGCGCCGGCCGGUCGCGCAGUGUGUUGUCCCACAGUGCUUUUUAGCUAGAGGCAUCACCAAGCACUUUGCAUAUUCUCCACACAGUGAGUACUUCCUACUGAAAUGCGCCCAGGUCCAGGGUGGAAUGCAGCAGUCGUGUACCAGGAAGAACGGUGCAACAGGUGUUACAGGAAGCCCAGGUGCCCAGUGCCGUGCUCGCUGGGACUGGCUGUGGGGGUGGCGCUGGGCAGGAAAGGCGCCAUGUGGGCCGGGUGUGCCAGCAUCAUGGGCUGGUUCCUUUUCAUCCAGACAGCACCCGGGGCGGCAGGUAGUCGUCCCUGCAGCCCCCAGUAUUUUGGCCAUGACAUGAUGGCAUGUGAGUGCAACGCCACGUAUUGUGACACUCUGGACCCCGUUGUUGUCCCGGCCCUGGGCACGUACACCAAGUAUGAGAGCAGCAAGAUGGGCAAGCGGCUGGAGCGCAGUGAGGGGAGGUUCCAGAGCGACUCCAUGGCCCCAGAUCUGUUGCUGAAGCUGGACGUGGCACAGCGGUACCAGAAAGUGAAGGGCUUUGGUGGCUCCGUCACAGACUCAGCCGCGAUGAACAUCCUGUCCCUGUCCAAGGAGACCCAACGCCACCUGCUCGCAUCCUACUUCGCGGAGGAAGGGAUCGAGUACAACCUGCUCCGCAUCCCCAUGGCCAGCUGUGACUUCUCCACCCACCCCUACAGCUAUGACGACACCCCCUACGACUACCAGCUCCUCAACUUUGGCCUGAAGGAUGAGGAUACAAAGCUGAAAAUCCCCAUUCUCCACCGAGCCGUGGCCUUGUCCAAGAAGCCACUGUCCCUGGUCGCCAGUCCCUGGUCAUCCCCAGUCUGGAUGAAAACUAACGGGGAGAUGAAAGGGAAGGGAAGUCUGAAGGGGAAGCCGGGGGACAAAUAUCACAAGACCUGGGCCAACUACUUCAUCAGGUUCCUGGAUGAAUAUGCCAAGCAUAACCUGACGUUCUGGGCGGUGACGGCACAGAACGAGCCCACGGCUGGGCUGAUAAACAACUACCCCUUCCAGUGCCUGGGCUUCACUGCCGAGCACCAGCGGGACUUCAUCGCCCAGGACCUGGGCCCGGCACUGACCAACAGCUCGCACAACGGCACCCGGCUCAUCAUGCUGGAUGACAACAGAGUGCUGCUCCCACACUGGGCCAAAGUGAUACUGGGUGACCCAAAUACUGCUCGCUACAUCCAUGGCAUCGGUGUCCACUGGUACCUGGAUUUCAUCGCUCCUGUAGAGGACACCUUGUUACCGACCCAUGAGCUUUUCCCUGAUUACUUCAUCUUGGCCACAGAGGCCUGCAUUGGGUCCCACUUCUGGGAGAGGGACGUUAUCCUGGGCUGCUGGGAUCGGGGAAACCAGUACAGCCACAGCAUCCUGACGAACCUGAACAACUUUGUCACCGGCUGGAUCGACUGGAACCUAGCCCUGGACCUAGAGGGGGGGCCCAACUGGGUCCAGAACUUGGUGGAUAGCCCAGUCAUCGUGGACAGGAAAAAGGAUCUCUUCUACAAGCAGCCCAUGUUCUACCACAUGGGGCAUUUCAGCAAGUUCAUCCCCGAGGGCUCGCAGCGCGUCGGGCUGAUUGUCUCCAAGAAAAGCUGCAAGUGCAGCAUGGAGUACGCAGCCUUCCUGCGCCCGGAUGGCGCCGCCGUGGUUGUGGUCCUGAACAGGUACUCCACGGACGUGCCAUUCAGGAUCUCAGACCCAGGCGUUGGUUUCAUUGAGGCUGUGGCUCCGGCUGACUCCAUCCAGACCUACCUGUGGAGACGGCAGUGAGAAGGCUCGAGGGGCCUAGGGCAGAGGAAGGUGGCGGGGUGGGGGGAGGACUUUGCAUGCUGCUCUGGAGAGUCGUUCUGUGGGGCCAUUCGAGGCAGGUCUGGGUGGAGCCCUCAGGGGGACAGGGAGGCCAGCGCUCACCUAGAUCUGCCCCUUGCAAAGCACAGCACCUGAGCAGGGGCAGAGCUGAGCCACAAGCCUGCAGCGUGUCUAGAACCAGGUGGGCCCUACUGGACCAGGGGACAGAAGGAGCUGGACUCCCUUUGCCCCACAGGAGUGGAGAGCCACAUGCUGUAACCACGAUCGCUGCUGCUCUGCCAAAGAGCAGCCGUCUCUGGGCCUGCCCCCUCUGGCUGCGAGCGGUGUGGGUGCCUGUCUGAAGCUUUACAUCAACUGGGAGUUAAAACCUCACUGCCUCUCCCCUCCCAUGCGCUGCGUCCCUGGCUGCCCCCGCCACAGUGACACUUCCUUGGGUGCCUCUAGGGCAGGACCCGGCUUGAACCAAGGAGACCGGAACAGCUGGGUCUGGAGGGGAAACACCUGAGUAUGCUGGUAAAUAGUCUCCUUUAUAAACCCCCUGCUGGAGGCUCAGUCCUCAGGGUGGUAAGCGAGGCCCCUGGGCCAGGACGAUGGCUUCAUGCGGAGAUCCAAUGGGCAGGUGUUGCGCAGCCACCAGGAGCCAUUACCCCUGGGCUGAGCACUGCUCACUGGUCUGCCCCAGGGAGGUCCGUCUUUGGGGCGGGUGCCACAGCUGGCUCCCAACCUCCCGCUGGUUUGCUGGGCUGCCUGUUCUGCUGCCAUCUGUCGGCAUCUCUGGCCUUCCCCCCUCAGGCUGCAAGAUAUGGAAUCACAGGGAGUUCCUUGAGGUUGGCCUCUCACCCCAGACAAUGGCUGAUAACUGGAAGAGGGGGUUGCAGACCAGAGCCCAGUCUCAUUCAGCCUCUGGGCCCUGCAUUCCUUGUCUCUCUGUGACAGAAUCGAACUCCAGUGGGGCAUGCUGGAUGCUGUUCCACCCCCACCAGGCUCCCCAGGCCAGGGAUUUUGCCUGGCAGAAUUCAUGCUGUGGAUGGUGCUGUAUACACUGAAUAAUUGUUGACUAGCAGGGGGUGUAGCGGCCCAGGGAACAUGGUGCUCUGACAGCUCCUGCCCCAGGGCUGGCAGGCCUGAGGGAGAGGAAAUAGGGAAUGGGUGAGAGAGCAUCUUUACCUUUUCUGCAAAUAGCGGAGCAAGGGCCCAGCAAAUUAAAUUGAAAGGAAAUAAAUGUUCAAAGUACAUAAAAAGAAAUAAUUUUAACAAGGUGCAUAAUUUACCUGUGGCACUCACUGCCACAAGAUUUCACUGAGGCCAAGAGCUGAUAGGAUUCCAAAAAAGCAUUAGCCAUUUAUAUGGCUACUGAUUAACACCCAUAGUUAUAUUUCGAGAGGAUAAAACCAAAGCUUGGACAAAAUCUAACCCCUCCUGCUUUCGAGUGUGAUCCAGUGACUUACUGCUCUAGAGGGGACAAGCAGACCAGUGGCCCCAUGACUGAAGCGGAACCAUUUUGCACGUAAGGCAGGUGCUUCACCACUGGUUUCUGUAUGAGGAAUACAGCAUACUUUCCUCCACAUUCCACCUCCUACUUUUGGAGCAAAGAAUGAUAUUUCUGAACAUUGCCAAGUAAUUUGGUUGGUUACUUUGAAUAAAAAUUAAUUUAAAAUGGUUCCUUUAAGAAGUUUA